AUGAGAAUCACCUCCAUUGCAUCGCUCGUCCUGGUGGGAUGCGCCCUCGCCGCACCCCCUCAACCCCAAUUCGAAGGCCUCGGUGGUGAAACUCCCAGUCCCACCCCAACCAGCCUCCCAGUACCAUCCGGCAGCGCCUCUCCCACUUUUCUUCCCCCUCCUGGGCCUCCUGGGCCUGGAGAGAGCAGUCUCCCGUUCGCCGUCUACGGAGCCAGGGGUCCUCCCUAUGCCGAAGGAGGUGAGGGUUUGCCAACUCCCUCUGGCGGCCCAUACCCCACCGGCUUCCCUGGCAGCGGUAUCCCGCCCCCCGUGCCUACCUUCAGCGUUCCCAUCGACGCUGUCAAGCGCCAAUUUGAGGGCGCUCCUGCUUUCGGCGGAGAGGGUGAGGGCCAGGGUCCACCUCUGGCGCCAACACCGAGCGUCCCCGGCUUUCCCUUUGGCCCUGGGGGCAUCCCAUCUGGCGCUACGCCUACUCCUAGCGGUACCCCCAGCGGUAUCCCUAGUGGGUUUCCGUUCCAGGCGUAA